AGUAGGGAAUUAAAAGUUAACAUCAAAACUGAAACAAAGCCAUGUUUUGUGAAGCACACACUAAGCAGUACACUGGAUCAAAGGAUGUGAUCUCACGUCUCAGCAAAACAGGUCCUGCAAGCCCAGGUAACUCAGGAAGCAGAGUGGUAAUUAUUCACGGAAGAAAGCAGGUAGUAUACUGUUACCUUACUACAGGAGAAAGUCAGAAGGUCACAAAGCUUGCAGGGUAACUGACACAACUGAAACUGCUCGCCCCCCUUUAAAAAGAAAUAAUAAAAUGGGAGAGAAUGAAGCAAGUUUACCUAACACAGCUUUGCAAGGUAAAAAGAUGGCCUAUCAGAAGGUCAAUGCAGAUCAAAGAGCUCCAGGACAUUCACAGUAUUUAGACAAUGAUGACCUUCAAGCCACUACCCUUGACUUAGAGUGGGACAUGGAGAAGGAACUGGAGGAGCCUGGUUUUGACCAGUUCCAGCUAGAUAGUGCUGAGAAUCAGAACCUGGAGCAUGCAGAGACUGCGGACCUCAAUCUUGACUCCAUUCAACCAGCAACUUCUCCCAAAGGAAGGUUUCAGCGACUCCAAGAAGAGUCUGAUUACAUUACCCAUUAUGCAAGAUCUGCACCAAAGAGCAACCCCUGCAACUUUUGCCGCCUUUUAAAAAUAUUUUGCACAGCAAUCAUUUUAUUUAUUUUUGGAAUUUUGAUAGGCUAUUAUGCACAUAAAAAUUGCCCUUCAAACGCUACAUCUUCAGGAACACUUGAUCUUCAGUUAUACCAAGAGAUUCUCAAGACAAUCCAAGCAGAAGAUAUUAAGAAGUCUUUCAGAAAUUUGGUACAACUGUACAAAAGUGAAGAUGACAUGGAAAUUUCAAAGAAGAUUAAGAUUCAGUGGACUUCUUUGGGUCUAGAAGAUGUACAGUUUGUAAAUUACUCUGUGUUGCUGAACCUGCCAGGCCCUGCUCCCAGCUCUGUGACUCUGAGCAGCAGCGGCCAGUGCUUCCAUCCUGAUGGCCAGCCUUGCAGCGAAGAAGCCAGAAAACACAGCAGCCAAGAUCUGCUCUACUCAUACGCAGCCUAUUCUGCCAAAGGAACUCUCAAGGCUGAAGUCAUUGAUGUGAGUUAUGGAAAUGCAGAUGAUUUAAAGAGGAUUAAAAAAAUGAAAAAUGUAACAAAUCGGAUUGCACUCCUGAAAUUAGGAAAAUUGCCUCUACUUUAUAAGCUUUCUUUACUGGAGAAGGCUGGAUUUGGAGGUGUUCUUCUAUAUAUUGAUCCUUGCGACUUACCAAAGACUACAAAUCUUAGCUAUGAUACCUUCAUGGUGUCACUGAAUCCAGGAGGGGACCCUUCUACACCUGGAUAUCCAAGUAUUGAUGGAAGCUUUAGGCAAAACCGAUCAAACCUCACCUCUCUACUAGUACAGCCCGUCUCAGCAUCUCUCAUUGCAAAACUUAUCUCUUCACCGAAAGCUACAACUAAAAACAAUGCCUGUACCCCUCUAGAACUUCCGAAUAAUGAGGAAAGAAUUGUCAACAUGCAAAUUCAAACAGUCACAAAAUUCAAAACAGUCACUAAUGUUGUUGGAUAUUUGAAAGGCUUGACAUCUCCAGACCGUUAUAUCCUAGUUGGCAGCCGUCAUCAUACCGCAUACAGUUAUAAUGGGCAAGAAUGGGCCAGUAGCACUGCCAUCAUCACCGCUUUUAUCCGGGCCUUGAUGUUAAGAGUUAAGAGAGGAUGGAGACCCGACCGCACUAUUGUUUUCUGUUCAUGGGGAGGAACAGCUUUUGGAAAUAUUGGCUCAUAUGAAUGGGGAGAGGAUUUCAAGAAGGUUCUGCAGAGAAAUGUUGUGGCUUAUGUUAGUCUCCACAGUCCCAUAAGGGGUAACUCAAGUCUCUAUUCUGUAGCUUCACCGUCUCUUCAGCAACUGGUAGCUGAGAAAAAUAAUUUCAACUGUUCCAGAAGAGGUCAGUGCCCAGAAACCAAUGUCAGUUCUGUACAGAUGCAGGAUGAUGCUGAUUAUUUCAUCAACCAUCUUGGAAUUCCCACCGUGAGGUUUUCUUAUGAGGACUCCCAAUUAUUAGAGGGUCCAAGUUUUCUCUCCGAGGCCCUUUUCCCCAAACAUACAACAAAAAUUGAAGAAAUGGAUCCUUUUUUCAACCUUCAUGAAACCAUUACCAAGCUCUCAGGAGAGGUGAUUUUGCAAAUUGCCAACGAACCAGUUCUGCCCUUUAAUGCUCUCGAUAUAGCUUUAGAAGUUCAAAACAGCCUUAAAGGUGAUCAACCCAACACUCCUCAACUGCUGGCCCCAGCCUCACGCCUGCGGGAGAGCACUGAACUCUUUCAGUCAGAUGAGAUGCGUCCUGCUAAUGAUCCCAAGGAGAGAGCUCCCAUCCGUGUGCGGAUGCUGAAUGACAUUCUCCAAGACAUGGAGAAGAGCUUCCUGGUGCAGCACACACCACCAGGAUUUUAUAGAAAUAUCCUGUACCACCUCGAUGGGAAGACAAGCCAGUUUUCAAUACUCCUGGAGGCCUGGGAACACUGCAAGUCACUUGAAUCAAAUGAGACCCUUCAAGAAGCCCUGUCAGAGGUGUUGAACAGCAUUAAUGCCGCUCAGGUUUACUUCAAAGCAGGACUUGACGUGUUCGAGAGUGUCUUAGUUGGAAAGAAUUGAGAAAACUCUCAGCAUUUUAAAAAGUUUGUUUACAGUUCCUCAAGUGAAAGCUCUAAUCUGACCAGAUUUUCUGAUAUUGAAGACUUUUCUCCCCAAUAGCUUUUUAUAGAAGUAUAAAGCUAUUCUUUGUAUUUUUUUAAUGUACAUAUAAAAAGAGCAUUUUGCACAAUUUUUCUUUUAUCUACAUUUCCAAUGAUCUAAAAGUGAGUUAUUGAAAUAAUACUAAGAUUUAUCUAUGAAAAAGAAAUCUGCUGUAUUUUUAUAUGUAGAGUAUUUGGGGGAAAAUUUUCCUAGAAAUUCUGGAGAAUUUCUGCUCCUAUGGAUAAAACAUGUGGGAACAGAAAUGAUUAGAGCUUUAAUGACCUAGUUUCUAUAAUAGAAAUCAACAGUGAAUAUGGUUUCAGGUUAACUUCACUUUUAAGUAUUCAAUAUGAAGAACAGGUAUUCUGAUCAAGUGAUUGGUUGACCAAAACCACUCUGAAUGUGUCUAUUUUGUGAAAUGAAGUGCCUGUUUGUAACACAACUAGAUAUAGUAAUACACUGGUUAUGAAAUUGUGUUUUUUUAGGUAUUAAUGAAAAAAAAAAAAGAGCCAUAAACAUUCCAGGGGAAAAAUCUCAAGGUAGCUGCACAGAGCAAUUUAAAUGUAAAUUUUUUUUCUAAGAACUUAUAAGGUGACUAGCUUUGAAACCCCUAAUUUGUCUCAGUUGAUUUUGUAAAAUUUUCAGGAGUGAUGUAUGUCUUAUGAGGGAGAAAAUAUUUCUUUCUUCCUGUGUUUCCGUUGGAAGCACUGAAAUAGAUAUACUCUAAAAUGAAAGCAUCUCACAUUGCUCUUCUUUAGUAUAUCUUGUCUGAAACUCCUUGCUGCAAGGCGGUUUUCACAGAAUACCAUAUAAUUUCCACAGGAAAGUAGCAAAGUUUCUCUUUGAAAACCCAAAAUACCUUAAAAAGCAUCAAAUUCCUAUUUCUGACACUAACAAGAAGGACUUAUCAUGAACAAAAUAGUUGUUUUGAUCAACAAAACCUCCUUAUAUCUAUGAAGAAACUUUUGAUAUUUUUUCCCUUCUUCAUUCUUAAUUGUGAAUAAGAUGACACCAUAGAAAUAUUCAUGCUUCUACUUUUAUGCAGAAAAUACGCUGUUACUAGAAGAGCAUGUCUUUGUCAUGCUUCAGUUCUCUCAUGUUGAAAAUGAGGCUUUUCAUAUGACACUGUCAUUGAAUGGACUUGUUUCCCGAAACCACAGUAUUCUAUUAGUUGACAGUUUAAACUUUUCGCUUACCUUUAGAAAUUGAUUUGGUAUUGGAUAAAGCAAUUCCCCUUAGGAAACAUAACCUCAGAAUAUUUCAUGUGAAUCAUUUCUCUAACACACAUCCCCAGCAGAUACCUCCAGAGUGACUUCACAGACAGUGCCUAUAGGUCUGAAUCUUUGCUUUUUAUGAAUGAACAUAAACCUAACCUUAGUUUAAAGAAAAACUAAAGUUAAAGGGGAAGAAUUAAUCAGCAUUAAUUUAUUGAUUUAUAAGGGUCAGCUCUCCCUACCAUAAGUAAUGUUUAUAUGCUUAAGACAAAGAAGAGAAUUAGAGCAUUUAGCUAAAUAAUUCAAGCAGAAAUCCAUUUUCAUCAGAAUUGCCUGUGUGCACAUAUUUUACAUAAGAAAUGCAACUAUCUUGCAAUGUAUAUUUCUUACCCAAUGUACUUGUCUGAAAAGAUUUGCUAUGUUGAGGAGUGUCUACAGGAAGGGGCUGAGAACCAAGCUCCUGCCUUUCUCAAAAUCAGUGCCCUCUUGCUGCACGGAAAACAAAUGGGAGGAAUACGCAUAUAGAUACAUGUCAGAUCAAAUAAUAGAAUCCUUUAUACCGAAGGAUCUAACAUAUUGAAUCGAGGUUCAGUGUGAUCUUCAUUUGGAGUCAAAUUUAAAACAAAGACAAAUAAUUAUCGGUUUGGAAGUUCAUCAUUUUAGAACAAAAUCCUAACUAAACUCACUUCCUUAAUCUGUCAAAGCAUUGAGUGCACAAAAUACUUGUUUGGGCACUUUUGUUUAAAGAUUGUAUACUUAUCUAAACCAUAUUGAACAGUUUAAAAUCUCAACAUUCUCUAAUUUGUUUUUCUUCUAGAUUAUAGGGUAUUUGCUAUUU